ACAGCAGUUAGAGUGACGCGAUGUUGCGGUAUAAAAGCGUAGUAUAUUUCAAGUUGAGAAAUCAGUUAAGGUCGAACUCUUGAGACGUUCGCUGUGAAGAAAGAGCCGUGAAAUCGCUCCUACAGAUCAAGUCACUUCUGUGUGAAAAUACAUCGCAAAAUGUCCAAGUUUAUGCUAUUCGUUUGCGUCGUUUUGCUGGCUACAACCGUCAUUACGGCUGUCCCCAGCUCCUGCGGUAGACACGGUGACCCCUGCGUUUCCAACAGAGACUGUUGCACUAACACAAAGUGUCACAUAUACGCGAACAGAUGUCAAGUACAGAUCACGGAAGAAGACCUGAUGGCUGCACGUGAAAAGAUCCUUGGCCGGAAAGGGAAGGAUUAUUAAGUAAUUAGCCAUUUCAACGAUGAGCAUAUAUCAAUCAAAGUCUCCCAUUGAAUCAAAUCAACGUUCAAGACCGCCUAAUAUCUUUGCCUCGAAGUUAAUGUUUACAUAGAAACAAACAACAGCGCAUUAUUCAUGCAACAGAUGUAAAUAUGCGAAACAAAUAAAUGAAAUAAAUCGUACAUACAAGCAAGUAUAAAGCUA